AUGGUCAGAGUACCUGUUAUGAGGCUCAGUAACACUGAGAUUAAUAUGAUCUCUCAGAUCAUCUUCUAUGAGGACAGGAACUUCCAGGGUCGCUCCUAUGAGACCAGCGGCGACUGCGCUGAGCUGACCUCCUACCUGAGCCGCUGCAGCUCCUGCAGGGUGGAGAGCGGCUGCUUCAUGGUCUACGACCGCUCCAACUUCAUGGGGAACCAGUACUUCCUGAGAAGGGGCGAGUAUUCUGACUUCCAGCGCAUGGGCAUGAUCGAUUCCAUCAGAUCCUGCCGUAUGAUCCCUCAGCACCAUGGCCCCUUCAGAAUGAAGAUCUACGAGAGGGAGAACUUCGGAGGCCAGAUGCACGAGGUCAUGGAUGACUGUGACUCCUUCAUGGACCGCUACCGCAUGUCCGACAUCCAGUCCUGCCACGUGAUGGACGGCCACUGGCUGAUGUACGAGCAGCCCCACUACAGAGGCAGGAUGGUGUACCUGAGGCCUGGAGAGUACAGGAGCUACAGAGACAUGGGAAUGAGCUCCAUGAUGAGGUUCGGCUCCAUGAGGCGCAUCAUGGACUCCUGCAAUUAA